AUGACCCACUUGGGGAAGGCAGCUAGACGGACGCUCGUCGAAUAUUUUAAGAAGACCAGUCUCAAUGGUUUUGGACUCCUCUAUCAUAUUCGGAGGCGACGCUUUCAGCGCCUCUUCUGGUUUAUGUUUAUCGCCCUCGGCAUUCUGUUUGCCAGCUAUGUAGUGCUCCACACGCUGUUUGAGUUCCUAGUCCAUCCCACGGUUACGGUAUUGUCGGCUCAGGGUCUGGAUAUUGCCGUCACACCCUUUCCCGCCCUCGCCGUCUGCAGUGCCAAUAAGCUGAGCAAGCAAGCGCUUCACCAAUAUGCCCAGCAAUUGGCCAAAAAUGGGAUGAGUGCACAAGACUGGUUGCGACAGCUACACCUACUUGGAGGAUAUUUUCAGCCUGGGUCUGUGCCAGCGGAGAACGCGAGCGCAUUGCAGGCGUUAUUUGGCGAUCGUUGGCCAAAGGAUGGAGCACGCGGCCAGCUGCUCAGUCUGGCGCCCUCCUGCAGGACACAACUGCUACGCUGCGAAGUGGCUGGCGUGGCCCACAGCUGUGACGAUCUCUUCCAGCUCGUGGGCACCGGAAACGGCUGCUGCUGCGUCUUUAACCAAGACGGAUUGAGCGAUGGGAACGACAGCUACCGGCAUGUGGCGAGCGGUCAGGAAAUGGGCUUAACAUUAUUGCUAAAUGGUUCGCGGGCCGAUGAUUUUCCGAUGGUGCGCACGCAGCGAUCUGACGGUUAUUCGAUACACGUCUUCGCCUCGGAUGGUUUCAUGCCAGAGGCAGGAACGGGCGCCCAACGCACUCUGCAUAUUGCCAGAGCUGGUGAGACGGUAGCUGUUGAGCUGCAUGUGGUGGCACAACAGGCGGAGUCGCGUCUGCUCGACUACGACGUGAGCCGUCGGGGCUGCCUGUUUGCAUCCGAUGGUGUAAGCCUCUCCAAAUGCCUGUCUCAAUGCCGGCUCCACAGCAUCGUCAGUAAAUGCAGCUGCCUACCAUUUCCACACAGCCAGAGUCGGGAGUGGAACGUCAGCCAGUGUACAUUGUCCGAUACGGCAUGCCUGCAGACCCACGAAAGCAUCUGGUCGCCUGCCAUGCCCGAGUGCAGUAGAUGCCUUCCCCUAUGCAACGAUUAUCGGUAUGAGCUGCACAAAGGAAAUCCGACUAAUAUGAGGAGAAAUCCAGAUGGCCAUAGUCGACUCACGCUCUAUUAUCGGGCGAUGCGGAUGCCACUAUAUAGUCAGAGCGAGCUUUACAACUGGUAUCAGAUAUUGUCCAACAUUGGUGGCGUGAUCGGCAUUUGUAUUGGCUGCUCACUUAUCAGUGGCGUUGAAAUAAUAUAUUUUAUUAUAUUUCGUUUAUUUGAGAAUUUUCUACAUUUACGAAAUGGAGAUAUGUAA